UUGCGAGGUCCAAAAAUGACAUCACGUUUUGCAUUUCCCACGUUCAGUCCAGCAGCUCUGCUCGCCUCCACGGACCUUCUCUUCUUGCAGUUUCCAGAUGCAGACACCGAAAAAGUGUCCGUCCUACGUGGGAAUAAAGAUCCCGGAUUACAGUUUUCUGCAUGGAAGUGGAAGUCGGGCUUCGCGUUUAUCAUGAGAGGGCAACUUCUUAAGUUUUUCUGCCUCCAGACAGAACUCUAAAUCAAUUCUUUUUACUAUUUGAUUCUUUUUUUCCACUUUGAAUACAUGGACUGAUCACACGAUUCCACAUCUUGGAAGAAUGAGAGACUCCUCCUGGAUUCAUUUUUAUUUGGGGAUUGAUUAGUUGUUGUUGUUUUUGUUUUGUUUUUUUGAAAAGACAAGGGAAGACUUUAUGGUACUUUUUACCCAAAACUAUGGAAUUGUCUUUGCAAAUUCACCUUUUUACAGUGUUUGUCUCGUGUAUUAAGGUUUAUGCUCAAGUGGUACAGCCCGUAAAGCACCCAGGCCUGAAGGUCCUGGAAACAGCCUCGCAUUAUUGGCCUCUCGAUGCUGUGGAUGGAAUCCAUGAACUGUGGGACCAGAUUGGAAACAGACCAGGUUAUGUUAACGGAAGUAACAUAACUCUCAGAAUCCACAACCACACUGUGCUCCCUUCCUCCCAUAACUCUUCCUAUGUGUAUACCAAUGAUUCUGCCUUCACUAACAUUUCUGCGACAGUAGACAUUGUUGAAGGGAUGGUUAACAAAGGCAUCUUUCUGAAUGGAGAUAACGGCGGCACCUUUCUCCACUUUGGAAACUACCAGAACACCUGCAUCAGUGAUCCUAUCCUGUGCGGCCCCGAGGGGAUUACCUUCUCCUUUUUUUGGAAGAACCAAGAAGCCCGGUCCCGUUUUGCUGUGGCCUCUGGCGGGAAAGUGAUCUCUAAUGGCUUCUCGGUCUACACCAAUCCCUUGCUGGGAUAUGUGGAGUUUUAUACCCGAGGCAACCACCACAGAUGGAAGACCAACAUCCAGGUUCCAGGGCCUUUCUGGACCCACAUUCUCUUCACAUGGACAAAAAGCGAUGGCCUGAAGGUCUACAUCAACGGCACCUUCACGGCCGGCGACGCGACCGGCAACGUGUCAGAGAACUACGGCGACCCGUACCCCGACCUCGUCAUCGGCACGGGCAACAACCGGGCGUACGACCACUACGUCACGGGCGCGUUCGACGAGUUCGUCAUCUGGGAGAGGGCGCUCUCUCCAACUGACAUUCUGCUCUACUACGGCGCAGCCAUAGGUCAAGCUCUCGCGUCUGCCACGACGCCCAGAUCCUUCAGAGAAGCUACUUCGGUCACGCCAACGCUCAGAGCCACCGAGGUGAGUCCUCCUGUCAUCAGCAGUCGGCGCGAGGAGGUCCAAAGCUCCCCGGACCCGGAGACCAUGCCAGUGCUGGGCUUUCUGAAGGUGCUGCCCAACAGGACCAUUCCGCACAACGCUGCCAACAACCUCACACAGGCUUUUCUCAAAAGCGUGGAAGAAGUGCUGUCCUCCCCGGCGCUGCCAGAGCAGUCCAUCCCUGUGGUCAGCGGGCUGAUCGAGACCGUGGACAGAGUGAUGGAACACAUGGUGACGAAGCUGGAGCCCGGCCCGAACACUCUCGUCACCCUGGACGGAACAUCGUUUGUUGCAGAUUAUUCCCUGAUGAAGCUUCCGCAAAACUACAACCUGCCACAUUAUCGCUUCCCCACAGAGGGCAAGAGCUACAUCUCUGUGCCCGGGGAGGCUUUCACUUUGCAGUCUCAAACCACUAUUGUUGGCCUCUUCUACCACAACAUGCACAGCUACUACAAAGAGAUCAGUCCUGUCAAGACCAGGAUUAACGAAGCAGCGGAUUUCAAGGAUCACAAGAUCCAGGUAGCGAGCUGUCUCAUUUCCCUGAAAGUGGAGCCGUCGCCGGCCCUGUCGUUCAACCUCUCCGGAGCGCCGCUCAUCAAGAUCGUCCAGACGCAUGUCCUGACUAAAGAACAGCAAGACCAGGUUCUUAACCAGAGCAACAAAGUCUUCCUCUACUGUGCGUUCUUGGACUACAGUUCCAAUGAGGGCGUGUGGUCCAACAAAGGCUGCGUGCGCUCGGAUGGAAACAUGACGUACUCUGUGUGUCUGUGCAAUCACCUCACCAACUUUGCCAUCCUGAUGCAAGUGGUGCCCUUAAAGCUCACCACUGGCCACCGGGUGGCACUAUCAACCAUCGGUUACGUCGGCUGCUCCAUUUCCAUCCUGUGUCUCGCCAUCACUCUUGUCACCUUCGCGGUGCUGUCGUCAGUGAGCACCAUCCGUAACCAACGUUACCACAUCCACGCCAACCUGUCCUUCGCCAUCCUGGUGGCGGAGAUCCUCCUGCUCAUCAGCGCUCGCUUUGACCCGGGCACGCUGCCCUGUAAGGUCAUGGCCGUCCUGCUGCACUUCUUCUUUCUGAGCGCCUUCGCGUGGAUGCUGGUGGAGGGGCUUCACCUCUACAGCAUGGUGGUCAAAGUGUUCGGCUCGGAGGGGAGCAAGCACUUCUACUACUAUGGCAUCGGCUGGGGCUCUCCUUUGGUUAUAUGCAUCGUGUCCAUGACGUCGGCUCUGGACAGUUACGGUGAGGUUGACAACUGCUGGUUGUCGUUGAAAAACGGCGCCAUCUGGGCUUUCGUGGCGCCGGCGCUGUUUGUUAUUGUGGUGAACAUCGGCAUCCUGAUAUCUGUGACCAGGAUCAUAUCUCGAAUCAGCGGAGAGAAUUACAAAGUGCACGGAGAUGCCAAUGCAGUCAAGCUGACGGUAAAGGCGGUCGCCGUGCUUCUUCCUAUACUCGGCAUUUCCUGGAUCUUCGGCGUCCUCGCCUUCAACACGCACUCUUUGCCGUUCCUGUACAUCUUUGCCGUGUUCAACUCCUUACAAGGAUUCUUUGUUUUCCUGUUUCACUGUCUUCUCAACUCAGAGGUCAGAGCUGCUUUCAAACACAAAACCAAGGUGUGGACGCUCACCAGCAGCUCCAUCCGAAACAUAAAUGUGAAGCCCUUCAACUCUGACAUCAUGAACGGAAACAAGGACGGCGUUCUUCCCACCAACUCAGCCAAUCGAAUCGACCUCUCCGCCGUGUAGACGCUCACAAUCACCACUUCUGUCCGCGGCAGGAGGGGCGGUCGAAGCGCUCACUUGUAUAGAAUGGCAAACACUGGCCAGAGUGUACUCUCCCGCUGCAUCAUGUAACGCACCAAACACUCGCAUGAGAAAGUGAUACUGAAAGAGAUUCUAUAGCCGAAUAAUCGACAAGCAGACUAUGAAGACUGUGACUUAUUAUCAUCUCAUAAACAGCGCGUUCACGUGUUCCCAAGGAGACGCUGUUCGGGGCUCAGCGUCUGUCAGUCUGUGUCGCCUGCUGCAGUGGAUUCACUGGAGGGAAGUCCACUCCCCUGAUCUCUCGCUGAUCGUUCCAGUUGAAGAAAAGUGAAUAUGGAGCUACUGUCAGCGGUUAGUCCAGGAAGACUGGACACAUCCGGUCUGAUGCCGCCCACAGCGAACACACACUGAGAAAAGCACAGUGGUAAUAUCUGAAGGAAUUAUGUUUGUUCCAAAUACAGUAAGCAAGUUAUAUAUAUGAAAAAAAUCUGCUUAUUCUAGUUUGAAUUAACAUAAAUCAUUUAAGUUGAUCAAAUGUUCUUUUUUCAGUGCAGUCUCCCGACCAGCACUUAAAACUCAGUAAUAACCAUUUAACAAUGGCUUUGUUUCAUCUGUUAGUGCCAAAACAAUGUAUUCUCAGUUUCCAUGUGCCAAAACCCUCGUAAUCUGGGAUUGCCAUUAGCAAAGACCUUAUCUGAACAGAGAAGAAAACAGAUUAUUUUCUAAAAUAUAAAAAACAUUUUGACAUUGGCAGUGAGUCUCACACAGUAAAACAGUACAAUGAUGUUAGAAUUUGAGAUGAUAAUGAGUGCAGUGUUUUCAGAGUACGGUUUAAUGCAUAAUCGUGGACGAGAAAAGGAAUAAAAUAUCGUGUAUUUCUUUAAAAAUGACAUAGUGGCUUCAUCCGAUGUAGUGUUUAUCAACACGAUGGUAAAAUGGCUACUUUUAAUAGAUUCACACAGUUUUAAUCCAGGUUUGUGGGAAAGCGCAAACACAAUAACUACAUUAUAAUAAAUAGAAAAAGAGUAUUGGUGAAUUAGAGGCUAUGUAUUUCCGAUAAUAAGUAUUUAUUUAUUUGUGAUUCUGAGUUUGUUAUGUGUGCCAAAGCUCAAGAAAUCAGUGUUUGAGUGUUUCUUGUCCUGAGACGAAGUGACUGGUAUAUUUAUAUUUGCAGUAUACCUCACUUCCUGAUAAGCUGUGCUAUGCUAUGCUUUGAGGAAUAGUGAAAACUGGUUGUGUUUUGGACAAAAUUCUGUGAAGUUAAUAUGUUUCUGUGGCUUAUUUGUCUUUCACGUUUUCAUAUAUAUAUUUUUUUUGUACAAUUGAAUAUGGAAUCUGUUCUACACACGGACUGAGGGACUCGACGGGGUUGUUGCUUUUUUCUUAACAUACUGUGAGAAGAGAGGGAGUUGGCAUGUUUUCAAAAUGUUCCAUUGAUUUUACACUGUACCAACAUGACGUUUCCUGAGGCAGGAUUUACUGUAAGUCACUCUGUGCUCACUUGUCUGUCAGAUUUGAAGUUAAAUAUUUGACCAUGUCUACGCUUGUAUAUGGCCGUCAUUGAUUGUCGUCUCAUGGUACUAUGGUUUAAUGCUUUCAGUUAUCUUUAUUAAAAAAAACAAGACUUUAUGACAAGAAAUCAG